AUGGAGGAUCCUUGUCCUCAGAAUGAGGAUCCUUGUCCUCAGAGUGAAGAACCUUGUCCUCAGAGUGAGGGACCUUUUCCUCAGAGUGUGGAACCUCCUCUUCAGGAUGAGGAACCUUGUCUUCUGAGUGAGGAACCUGCUUUGAGAGUGAGGUACCUUGUCCUCAGAGUGAGAAAACUUGUUCUCAGAGUGAGGAACCUUGUCCUCAGAGUGAGGAACCUUGUUCUCAAGGUGCGGAACCUUGUCCUCAGUGUGAAGAAACUCGACCUCAGAAUGACGAACCUUGUCCACAGGAUAAGGAACCUGCCAUCAGAAUGAGGAACCUUGUCCUCAGAGUGAGGAACCUUGUCCUCAGAGCGAGGAACUUUGUCCUCAGAGUGAGGCACCUUGUCCUCAGAUUGAGGAACCUUGUCCUCAGUGUGUGGAACCUUGUCGCCAGAGUGAGGAACCUUGCCCUCAGAGUGAGGAAUCUGCUUUCAGAUUGAGGAACCUUGUCCUGAGUGUGAGGAACAUUGUCCUCAGAGUGAGAAACCUUGCCUCAGAGUGAGGAACCUUGUCUGUAGAGUGAGGUAUCUGCCCUCAGAGUGUGGACCCUUGUCCUCAGACUGAGGAACCUUGUCCUCAGAGUGAGGAACAUUGUCCUCAGAGUGAGGAACCAUGUCCUCAGUGUGAAGAAACUUGUCCUCAGAGUGAGGAAGCUUGCCCUCAGAGUAAGGAACCUGCCUUCAGAAUGAGGAACAUUAUCCUCAGAGUGAGGAUCCUUGUCCUCAGAAUGAGGAUCCUUGUCCUCAGAGUGAGGAACCUUGUCCUCAGAGUAAGGAACCUGCCUUCAGAGUGAGGAACCUUGUCCUCAGAAUGAGGACCCUUGUUCUCAGAGUGAAGAACCUUGUCCUCAGAGGGAGAUUCCUUGUCCUCAGAAUGAGGAUCCUUGUCGUCAGAGUGAAGAACCUUGUCCUCAGAGUGAGGGACCUUUUCCUCAGAGUGAGGAACCUUGUCUUCAGAAUGAGGAACCUUGUCUUCUGAGUGAGGAACCUGCUUUGAGAGUGAGGUACCUUGUCCUCAGAGUGAGGAACCUUGUCCUGAGAGCGAGGAAAUUUGUCGUCAGAGUGAGCACCUUCUCCUCAGGGUGAGGAACCUUGUCCUCAGUGUGAGGAACCUUGUCGUCAGAGUGAGGAACCUUGCCCUCAGACUGAGGAACCUGCUUUCAGAUCGACGAACCUUGUUCUGAGUGUGAGGAACAUUGUCCUCAGAGAGAGGAACCUUGCCUCAGAGUGAGGAACCUUGUCUGUAGAGUGAGGUAUCUGCCCUCAGACUGUGGAACCUUGUCUUCAGAUUGAGGAACCUUGUCCUUAGAGUGAGGAACAUUGUCCUCAGAGUGAGGAACCAUGUUCGCAGAGUGAGGAACCUUGUCGUCAGUGUGAAGAACCUUGUCCUUUGAGUGAGGAACCUAGUCCUCAGAGUGAGGAAACUUGUCCUCGGUGUGACGAGCCUGCCUUCAGAGCGAGGAUGCUUGUCCUCAGAGUGUGGAUCCUUGUUCUCAGAAUGAGGAUCCUUGUCCUCAGAGUGAGGAGCCUUGUCUUCAAAGCGAGAACCUUGUCCUCAGAGUGAGAAACCUUGUCCUCAGAGUGAGGAACCGUGUCCUCAGAGUGAGGAACCCGGUCGUCAGAGUGAGGAACCUAGUUCUCAGAGUGAGGAACCUUCUCCUCAGUGUGAAGAACCUUGUCCUCAGAGUGAGGAUCCUUGUCCUCAGAGAGGGGAACCUUGUCCUCAGAGUGAGAAACCUUGUUCUCAGAGUCAAGAACCUUUUCCUCAGUGUGAGGAACCUUGUCCUCAGAGUGAGGAACCUUGUUCUCAGAGUGAUGAACGUUGUCCUCGGAAUGAGGAACCUUGACCUCGGUGUGAGGAACCUACCUUCAGAGAGAGGAACCUUGUCCUCAGAGUGAGGAACCUUGUCCUUAGAGUGAGGAACCGUGUCCUCAAAGUGAGGAACCUGGUCGUCAGACUGAAGAACCUAGUUCUCAGAGUGAGGAACCUUGUCCUCAGUGUGAGGAACCUUGUCCUCCGAGUGAGGAUCAUUGUCCUCACAGUGAGGAACCUGGUCAUCAGAGUGAGGAACCUAGUUCUCAGAGUGAGGAACCUUGUCCUCUGUGUGAAGAACCUUGUCCUCAGAGGGUGGAACCUUCUCCUCAGGGUGAGGAACCUUGUUCUACUCUGAGUACAAGGUUCCUCACACUGAGGACAAGGUUCCUUAAUCUGAGAACAAGGUUCGUCACUCUGAGGACAAGGUUCCUCAUUCUGUGGGCAACGUUCCUCACUCUGGGGAAAAGGUUACUCACUCUGAAGGUAGGUUCCUCACACUGAGGACAAGGUUCCUCACUCUGAGGACAAGGCUCCUCAGCCUGAGGACAAGCUUCCGCAUUCUGAGGACAAGGUUCCACACUCCAAGGGCACAUUCCUCACUCUUAGGACAAGGUUCUUCACUACGACGACAAUGUUCCUCACACUGAGAACAAGGUUCCUCACACUGAGGACAAGGUUCCUCGCUCUGAGGAGAAGGUUACUCAGUCUGAGGACAAGGAUCCUCACCCUGAGGAGAAGGUUCCUCAUCUGAAAGAAGGUUCCUCACUCUGA